AUGGCUGACAAAUUCCAGGUGAAAGCUGGUGGUCCGAAGGGAUUUGCUCGUAAGGGUGCCCUACGACAGAAAAAUGUUCACGAAGUUAAGGAUCAUAAGUUUAUCGCAAGGUUUUUCAAGCAGCCCACGUUUUGCAGCCAUUGCAAAGACUUCAUCUGGGGCUUCGGUAAACAAGGAUUUCAGUGUCAAGUUUGUAGUUUUGUGGUUCAUAAAAGAUGCCAUGAGUUUGUGUCGUUCCAAUGCCCAGGAGCAGACAAGGGACCUGAUACUGAUGAUCCGCGCAGUCAGCACAAGUUUAAGGUAUACACGUACACGAGCCCCACCUUCUGCGAUCACUGUGGCUCGCUGCUCUACGGCCUUAUACACCAGGGAAUGAAGUGUGACG